CAUGUGAAGGCUCCUUCCAUGACUACAAAGUGGCACUGCCUUUUUCAAGCAUUGCUUAAUUAGAGGCCCACAUAUUGAACAGAAGAAAUUCAUCAUGAAAAAUUUGAAUGAUUGGAUGAGCAUGAAACACAUACCAAAAUUAAUUCAUUUCAACUGAUAAAGUUUACAAACUUUUGGGUGUUUGUGAUAUCUGUUUUCCAAGAAAAUUCUCCUCAGCAUUUCCUUUUCCGGAAUUUGAUAUUAUAAACAAUGAUUGAUCAGAAUUCAAGGCUCUCUCACUCUCUCUAAAUUUCAUGAAAAUAGUAUCCAUGUUGAAGGGAAACUAUAUUUCUUGAUGUGGUGAAUCUUGUUUGAUUUGCUGACUAUCGAUAUAAUAGAGGAUUCUGCAGAUUGAAACCGUACAAGCACAGUUGCAGAAUCAAUUAAAACCUUCUUAGACCAAUGUGAUUUAUUGGUUCCCCAAUGGCUAAGAAGAAGAGCUGGUUCGACAUAGUGAAGAGGUUCUUUAUUAGAGAGACAAACUCAAAGCCAGCAAAGGAUAGGAGAAGGAAAUGGAUUUUUGGAGGGCUUAAGAUCAAAAGGUUAGCCUCACUCACUGCACCAUCAUCCUUAAAUGAAAGAAUUAUAGGUGAGGCAGAAAAAGAGCAGAUCAAGCAUGCUCUUACUGUGGCCCAUGCCUCCACUGCUGCUGAUGAAGUGGCUGUUACAGCCGCUCAAGUUGCUGCUAAGGUUGUUGAGUUCACUGGCAACCCUCAAUCUGACUACCAAUGUGAACAUGAAUUGAAAGAGUUUUCAGACAUUAGAGUUCAAGGUGAAGCAACUCAGUCCAACCAUCAAUGUGAGAGAGAAAUCCUUGAAUUUGCCGCUACUAGAAUUCAGUCUGCCUUUCGGGGUUACCUUGCAAGGAAAGCCUUGCGGGCAUUGAGGGGAAUUGUGAAACUCCAAGCUAUUAUUCGAGGCAGAGCUGUAAGACGCCAAGCUAUAACUACCCUAAAGUGCUUGCAGUCUAUUGUAAAUAUUCAGUCACAGGCCAGCACAAGAAGAUUUGGAACGGUGGAAGGCACUUGGAAUUAUGAUGAAAGUAAAGAAUUGCAGAAUUGGAAAGACAAGAUAACAAGGAUAGACACAAACAAUCAAAGAAGGUGGGAUGAUAGUGUAUUGUCAAAGGAAGAGGCAGAUGCAUUAUUUACGAGUAAGAAAGAGGCCAUAAAUAAGAGAGAACGAAUAAAGGAAUACUGGUUUAGCCAUCGGAAGUCAGCAGAAACAGAUCGAAACAAGGUAAACGGAAGAUGGAGAUACUGGUUGGACCAAUGGGUAGACACACAAAUUACUAGAAGUAGAGAACUUGAAGAUUUGGACUCAGUUUUGACUUCAAAUCCAAGACAAACAGAUGACUGUGGAAGAAGACAACUUAAGCUAAGAAAUGUUAAGGGACAGAAUAAUUUUGAAGGAUUGGAUUCUCCAAUAUUUGUUCCCAAAAGAUCAAUUCAUCAUAGGAGGCAAUGCUCAUUGGGAGAUCAUAAUACUUUGUCAAGCUCUCCUGUUCCAACUUACAUGGCUGCAACUGAAUCUGCAAAGGCAAAAGUGAGAUCAAUGAGCUCACCAAAAACACGGCUCAGGAAUUUUGAUACAUGCUCUGAAAGCUAUUCACCAUAUAAGAAUAAGUUGUCUCUCAUAUCCUCUAUUACUACUGAAGUGCCAAGUGGUGGUAGGAUUGGCAAGACUAAUGGUUACCAGCAAAGAUCUCCUAACUUGAAAGGCCUUCCAGGUCCUAUAAAAUCCAGACAGAUGGUAAAGGAUCUCAGCUUUAACUCAGAGUGCUCAUUGCAGAUUUGGGAUAGACAUGGUGGCUUCAGAUAAUUUCAGAUGUUUGGUUUAAGAAGAGAUCUUGGUUAGUGUGUUAGGUUGGAGUGGAGAACAUAGUCUGUAAUUUAAUAGAGUUUAAAUAGUUAAAUAAUGGGAUGCUAUUUUAUCUCAUUAUUAAAUGAGUAGCUUACAGUAAUGCUACACAGUUGAUUGACACACAGAUA